GAAGGAACUAAUAAAUCAAACACCUUCAUUAAUCAUUUGGUUUCCAUUAUUAUCAUUUUGGAUCCGAGACAGAGUCCUUGCGAUCUCACGGGAUUGAAUUUCGAAAAAUAAAGAAGAAACCGAAAGCAAAUUAGCAAUGGCGACCUUUUUGAAGCUUGAAGAUUCGCCUAUGUUUCAAAAGCAGAUAUUUUCUUUAGAGCUCACGGCUGACGAUUUGAAAAACCGAUGUCAAAUACUAUACAAAGGAAGCAAAAAGUUUCUGGCAGCCCUUGUAGAAGCACAUAAUGGAGAAAAUAGCUUUGCUGACUCUUUAGAAGCAUUUGGUAGUGGGAAGGAUGAUCCUGUUAGUUUAUCCGUAGGAGGUUGCCAAGGGCCAAUCAUGUCCAAGUUCAUCAAAGCUUUUCGUGAGCUGGCCAGCUAUAAAGAGUUGCUACGUUCACAAGUGGACCAUGUGUUAAUUGAUCGGCUAAUGCACUUUAUGACUGUUGAUCUGCAAGAUGCAAAGGAGUCUCGUCGACGGUUUGACAAAGCUAUAAGUGCAUAUGACCAGGCACGUGAAAAGUAUGUGUCUUUGAAGAAGAAUACACCAGAAGAUGUUGUUGCUGAGCUAGAAGAGGAUCUACAAAAUUCAAAAUCUACUUUUGAGAGAAGCCGCUUCAAUUUAGUAAAUGCGCUAAUGAAUAUUGAAGCAAAAAAGAAGUAUGAGUUUAUGGAAUCUAUAAGUGCAAUUAUGGAUAGCCAUCUUAAAUAUUUUAAGCUGGGGUAUGAAUUAUUGAAGCAGUUGGAACCAUUUAUUCACCAGGUAUAUGCAUAUGCUCAACAAGCAAAAGAAUUAGCAAAUGCUGAGCAGUGUAGUCUUGAAAAACGUAUUCAAGAAUUCAGAACCCAAGCUGAGAUUGACACUCUAAGAGCUUCAAGUAACAUAGACCCUUCAACAAGUUCUGGUGCCAUUGGUGUUAAGGGCAUGAAUUCAGACAAAAACAUAGAAGCCAUCAUGCAGUCCUCAAUGAAAGGGGAGGUCCAGACAAUCAAACAAGGAUAUUUAUUGAAACGUUCUUCAAGUUUGAGGGGAGAUUGGAAGAGGAGGUUCUUUGUACUUGAUAGUCAAGGAACACUAUACUAUUAUAGGAAUAAGGGUAUCAAACCAACGAGUUUUCUCCAUCACUAUACUGGUGCAGUAACUGCAGUUGACCAUAAUAGCGGUGUAUUUUCUAGAUUUCGUUCCAAGUAUAAGUCACCAUCUAAUGAAAAUCUGGGCUGUCAUACUGUUGAUCUUUGUACUUCAACAAUAAAGAUGGAUGCUGAAGAUACAGAUUUACGACUUUGCUUUAGGAUCAUAUCUCCACUUAAAACUUACACAUUUCAGGCUGAAAAUUCGGGGGAUAGAAUGGAUUGGGUUAAUAAAAUAACUGCAGUUAUUACAUCACUUUUGAACAAUCAUAUCCAGCAGCAGCAUGUGGAGAAUAAUGAUCAUGCUCACAGAGCUUCUUCUAAUGUUCUGUUACCUAAUAACCAAGGUACUUCAGAUAAUCAGAUAGGCAACAGACCAGAGCCUGUUUCUGCAGUCCUCCGAGAAAUUCCUGGAAAUGAUGUUUGCGCAGAGUGCAAUGCCCAGGAACCUGACUGGGCAUCUCUUAAUCUAGGCAUAUUAUUAUGCAUCGAAUGCUCUGGUGUUCACCGUAAUCUCGGUGUACACAUUUCAAAGGUGAGAUCUUUGACAUUAGAUGUCAAAGUGUGGGAACCUUCAGUUGUGGAAUUGUUUCGUACUCUGGGCAAUUCUUAUUGUAACUCUAUAUGGGAAGGUUCGCUCCUUCAGGACGAGAGAGUGGAUGAAUCAAACGCUAUUAGCACAUCAAUAACAAAACCAUGUCCCAAAGAUUCAAUUUGCGAAAAAGAUAAAUAUAUUAACGCUAAGUAUGUAAAGAAAUUGCUAAUCAUCAGAGAUCCAGAGCAACAUGGAAUGUCUCCAAACUACGUAAACAUCUGGCAAGCAGUUAAGACUGAAAAUUUACGAGAAGUAUAUCGUCUAAUUGCAGUGUCAAACAUCAAUAUUGUAAAUAUCACCUUUGAUGAUGUCUUCAGCAUCGAGUGGUAUCACCAUGUUGAUGCUCCCGAAAAACCAAUUGACACCCUUUCUGAGCAGUGGAUACAAAAUGAUCCAUCAGCCUGUCAGAGAAUCAAGAAUUCAGGUGACCCGAGGAAUUGUCUACAAGGUUGUUCACUAUUGCAUCUGGCAUGCCAAAGUGACAACCCUGUGAUGGUUGAGUUGUUGCUGCUAUUUGGUGCCGAUAUAAAUAUGCGCGAUUUCCACGGCAGGACUCCUUUGCACCAUUGCAUUGCUACAGGCAAGAACACAAUGGCGAAGCAUCUACUGAGAAGAGGUGCACGGUCUUCGAUUAGAGACGGUGGGGGGUUUAGUUCAUUAGAUAGGGCUAUGGAGAAGGGAGCAAUUACAGAUGAGGGGCUGCUUAUUUUUCUCAGUGAAAGCGAUUGAAGAAAACUCGGAUUCCCCGAACUUUUAAAGCUUGCUUCUCUCCCAUUAAUAUGAUUUCAACUUAUGUUGGCUGUUGUUGCUUAUUUGCAUAAUCUUCUGGUUUAUCUACAUUUCCAAUUGUUUCUCCUCCAUAAACUAGAUGAAUUGUUGAAAGAGUGUUGGAAACUUCCCUUUUGUUCUUU